AUGUUACGAGCACAACUUCGACCUCGACUGAGAGGAGUGGUUCCGACGCGGUUUUUGCGCACUGGCCCGGUGGUAUUGAACGAGCACAAACACGGUCCUAACGACAAGCACGAACACCAACACGGUGGUAAAGAAGGUCACAAACACGACCAUAGCCACGGCAAGUCGGGACACUGUCACGAGGGCCACGACCACAGCCUGAUGGGCAUGCUCAAGGGACACAGUCACAACCACAGCGCCCAGCAAAAUCCCAUUGUUUCCGAGCCCAAUGGGUGGAAGAACCCUGCAGUCCGAAUCACCUGGAUCGGGCUCUUCUCCAACGUGGGAAUGGCGGGAGCCAAGGGCGUGGGAGGCAUCGUGUUCAACUCCCAGGCGCUACUGGCCGACGCCGUGCAUGCUGUGGGGGACAUGGUGGCCGACUUUCUUACGCUAGCUACCGUCUCCAUGGCCUCCAAAGAUCCGACCAGACGGUACCCUCGAGGUUACGGUAAAGUCGAGGCCAUGGGCGCUGUGGGUGUGAGUUCGAUUCUGAUUCUGGCUGGUAUUGGCAUGGCAGUCAACGGCUUCGACGCGAUCCUUUCCACCUUCGACCUGCAUCUGCCAAACUUCAUGGGCCAGUUUGGACACUCUCACAGUCAUGGCCACGUGGACACUAGUGCGGUGACCGACGUGGCAGACAAGGCGGCGGCUCCUGUGGCCGACAUUAACGCCGCAUGGCUCGCGGUCGCCUCAAUCGGUAUCAAGGAGUGGCUCUAUCGAGCUACCAUGAAGGUGGCCAUUGAGAAGCGAUCCAGUGUUCUGGAAGCCAACGCAUGGCACCACAGACUCGACUCGCUGACGUCGGUUGUCGCUGCAGUCACUAUUGCGGCUGGCCACUUCUUUAACGCCGCGUGGCUGGAUCCUCUGGGAGGUCUGCUUGUUUCCUACGCCAUCAUUAAGGCCGGAAUUUCGACUGGAAAGGAGUCUGUUUACCAGCUGAUGGACCGAUCUCUGGCUCUGGACGACGAGACAUACGAGAUGGUUCGAGAUAAGGCAGAGGACUUUCUCCGGUCCAAGGGCUUGGACUACCGAGUGGAGAACCUGCAGGUGCUUCCUUCGGGACCGAACCUCUCGGCUUACCUUGAUGUCAUUGUCCAGAAGAACACUCUGACUCUGCCCCAGGCUAACCAGAUUGGCAGAGAGGUCGAGGAGGAUCUGAUGAGAGAGAUUGUGGGCAUGAAGUGUGUUGAUGUGCAUAUCCGAGAGGAGGGUGAGAAGCUCAGAGGCAUUAUCUAA